AUGCUCCGCCGUGUCGUCCUCUCUAGCGCCGUCGCCCGUGCGUCCCGCGUGCAGCUGCGCCGUGUUAGUCAGACUCCUGCGCGCUUCGCUGAUGAGAAACCGGCCGAAGAAACGGCCGCUAAGACCGAGGCCGAGGAGGAGCCGCCUCUGAGCGAUGCUGAAAAGCUGCAGAAGCAAGUGGAGGAGCUCACGACGCAGAAUAAGGACAUGAAUGACCGUCUACUGCGCGCUCUAGCCGACGCCGAGAAUGUGCGUCGCAUCUCGCGUGUGGACGUGAACAACGCGCGCGAAUUCGCCAUCUCCAAGUUCGCCAAGGCGCUGCUGGACGUGUCGGACAACCUCAAGCGCGCCCACGAGAGCAUCGACGUGGCGACGCUGCAGCCGGAGAAGCAGCUGGACGCCAUUGAAAUGUUGCACGAAGGUGUCGUCAUGACGGAGCAGCAGCUGCAGAAGGUCUUCCGGGAGUUCAAGAUCAAUCAGGUGGGCGCUGUGGGCGACAAGUUCGACCCCAACGUACACGACGCGCUCUUCGAGUACGAGGACGCCACUAAGGAGGCAGGAUCGAUUGGACAGCUCAUGAAGACGGGUUACCUGCUCAAUGAACGGGUCAUUCGCCCCGCGCAGGUGGGCGUCGUCAAAGCUCCUAAGGAGCAGUAA